UACACCACCACCAUUUAUCUACUUCCCCCGUCUAUAAUUCUCAGCUGAGCAUUGCCACUUAAUCUUUAAUCUUGUAUUAUAUUUUAUGCGUAUCAUGUCCUCACAAAACAAUCAUGCGCCCGAUCUCAACGCCAUCCUUAAAACACUCUCCGCAUUCUCCAAUCAAGCAAAUACCCAUUCCCCUCAAACUCCCUCCAACAACUAUGAUGCCAAUGACCAUGAGGGUGAAUAUGAACCUCCAGAUGCGCAUUCUCAAUCUGUAACCCAAUCCCAAAUACAGUCCCAAACCCUAAGACACGCCCCUCCGUCAUCCUUGUCUCACCGUGAUUCACCCCAACAACCUCAGCUUAAAGAUAAAUACACAUCAUCAACAAUAACUACAUGGCCCGCCGCGCUGAAACAAGUAAUGCGCACUGUUGGCCAAAAUGAAGAAAUGCAACGACGUAUCCGGUUCCUCAUUCAACGCCAACACGAUCAUGAGAAGCAAUGGUGGAAGGGCAGAGAAGCGCUAGUUCAGAAGCAGACGAGUCGGAAGGAGAAGAAGAGAGAACUAGACCAGGUCUUGUAUGUCCUCUAAUUACCCUAUACUACUACUCUUUACCGAACAACUCUUGCGUGGCCUUUCUUUCUCUUCUAAUACCGCUACCGUGGAAUAUAGACGCUCUGUCGG